AUGCAUCAAUUAACAUCAGCAAGACGUAUUAAAAAACUAUUCUAUUCUACAAUUGCUAAAUGGGUUAUGGACUCAUGGAAUAAUGUUGAUACAGUUUUAAUUUGCAAAUCAUUUAAAUAUGAAGUAGAAAUUAGUAAGUCAGAUAAUGAAUUUGAAAAUGAUUUAUCAUUAAAAGAUUUAGAGUUUAAUGGAUAUAAUGAAGAACUACCAAAUUAUGAAAAUGUUUGGAAUUAG